AUGGGCAAAAAAAUGAAGGUCGAGCACAACAUCCGCGACACAAGCCACCAGUCCGGAAGAAAAACCACCAAGAAGCCCGCCGCCAAGCCCAAGCCCUCAAAGUCCCAGCAGCCCAAGGAAGCCCCGUCCUCGACGGCAGAGUCCAACACCAUCAGCGCCCUGCUCCCCAUGCCCCUCCAGCAGCGCAUCCUCUCCACCUUCAACGCCGCCUACAACCCGGUGCUGACGUCGCACUCCCUCGGCGAGAUCCUGCAGGAGGUGAAGGCCGCGCUGUACGCGCGCGACUUUGACGCCGCGUUCGCCAAGGCGCGGCCGGAGGCCCUGGAUGCGUACGCGGCGAGAUGGAGCCCUACGCGCGCGUUGGGGUACGCCGCCGUGUUUCUGGGGAUCGAGGAGUAUCUGGAGGAGCUGGAAACCGAGGUGAAGGUUGAGGCGAAGGCUGAGGGCGAGACCAAGGCUGAAGACGGGGCCGAAGCUGGAGCCGUGACCGAGGCGGAGGAGACGGGUGAUGCUCACCAGGAUGUCGUGCUCUCCUCUGAGGACCAAACCGUUGGUACAACUGGAUCCUCUGGGGAUGAUGGACCCUCUGCUGCUGCUGCCGCCGCCGACGACGAUCAGGUCGUUCCCGCUUCCGCGGCGGAGGGCGAGAACGUCACUCCCCCUCCACCCGCGGAGACUGAGACCACCACUCCCACCGCCCCAACGGAACCUACUACCGACACGCCCAAGCCCAGCACGGAACUCACAAAGUCCAUCAGGAUGCUCUCCAUCGGCGGCGGCGCAGCAGAGAUUGCCGCCUUCGCGGCCUACCUCUCCCAGCAACCCUCCCGCUCCCUCGGGGGCACCAUGGCCCUCCUUGACUCGGCCCCGUGGGACGACGCCGUUGCCAAACUGCACGACGCCCUUACAACCCCACCGCCGUUGUCAAAGUACGCCAACGCCGCGGCCAAGGCCGCCAACAUGGCCAUCAUUGAGGCCGACCGCCUGACCUCCUCGUUUACGCAGCAGGAUGUCCUCUCUAUGACACGGGACCAGCUCUCGCAGAAGCUCGGGAAUGAGCCAUUAAUUGUUACUCUACUAUUCACACUCAACGAGUUGUACACGACCGCCGGCAUCGGCAAGACCACAGCCUUCCUCCUCGACCUGACCGCCACCGUGCCCCUGGGCUCUCUGCUCCUUGUCGUCGACAGCCCCGGCAGCUACUCGGAGGCGGCCGUCGGCAAGGAGAGCAAGAAGUACCCCAUGCAGUGGCUCAUGGACCACACCCUUGCCACGAAGCCGGAGAAGGAGGGCGUCGUCGAGGGCUGUCGGUGGGAGAAGCUCGAAUCCCACGACUCCGUCUGGUUCCGCCUCGCCGACUCUCUAAAGUACCCAAUCCCCCUCGAAAACAUGCGCUACCAAAUGCACCUGUACCGCGCCACCAAGCCCUAA